UUGGCCCGCCCACACCCCCACUAACUUGACGAAAUGCUCCUUUUAAUCAGGGCAUGUGCAAAAAUACUUCACCAUUUCACACAAAAUUCUUGAAGAAUUUGCCAAAGGAGAAGUGUUGUGAUGAUUGAACAUUAAAAUGAAUCUGCAGUUUGAUCUGGCACUUUUCAGUCUAUCAUCAUGCAAUGUGCUCUGAUUAUCCAUGAGCUUCUGUGCCUUUAUGAGAAUGCCUCCACCCAAUGCUUUCCACUAGAAAGUGUUCAUGCUUUUCACCUAUUUAUCAUCUCAUUCCUCUUCUCUCUGUAUCCUAAAGAUGUUUCAGUUGCUUUACAGUUUUGCAGAACAGCUCUUUGCUUUCUUCUAUUUUAAUCAGCUGAUCAUGAAGGGCAAUUAACAAAUGAGUAUACAACAUAAAACUAGAGGGAAAAGACUGAAAUCCAGGGAAAUUGUGGGACAGACAGUGGCUUUCAGCUGCACAUGAAGAGAAAUUAAGGAAUAGGAUAUAACAUAGCACUAGAGAAGGCUGGAAUCCAGGGAGAUUCUGACUUACAAAAGAAGUUAAAAAGCUGAAGAAAAUAGGCACAGCUUUGAUGGCAAACAUCUACAUUAUUGCUGUAUUUUGGGUGAUGAAUAUUAAAUUGUAGCAUGUUAUGAUUGCGAUGAUCAAUAUUUGUUUAUAUGUCGUUACUUUUCUCUCUCAGAGUUUGAAGGGGAAACUGAGAGCUCAGAGUUUGAAGGGGAAAAGCCUGUGGAAAGAUUAGAUCAAAUAUAACUGACAUGAGAAUAUGGGAGUGAUGACAAUGAUGAGCGAGAAGCAGAACAUAGCAACAAUCAAGCGGAGCUCCAGUCGACCUGCAUUCACCAUGAAGCGCACUCAUGAAUGGCUUCUUUCGGACGUUCCAAGCGACAUUUCUGUAGAAGCAGGGGAAAAUACAUUUGCACUCCACAAAUUUCCUCUGGUAUCCAAAAGUGGGCGGAUCCGCAAGCAAUUAGCAGAAUCCAAAGACGCCACAAGACUCCACCUCCAAGACAUGCCAGGAGGUGCCGAGGCCUUCGAAUUGGCAGCGAAGUUCUGCUAUGGAGGCAACCCAGAAAUCACAGCCUCAAAUGUAGCCAUGCUCAGAUGUGCUGCAAGCUACCUUGAAAUGACAGACCACUACACGGACGGAAGCCUGGAAAAGCGCACAGAGACCUUCCUGAAGGAAAUAGUGUUCCACAGCCUCCCUGAUUCAGUCACUGUCCUUUACAGCUGCGAAAGCCUUCUCCCCUUCGCAGAGGACCUAAAGAUCAUCACCAGAUGCAUAGAGGCCAUAACAUCCGCUGCAUCCAAUGAAGAGCUCAAAAGAGGCCUCUCUCGCCUCACAUCCAGCGGAAGCCAGUCGCAAUGGGCAGCCUCUCAGGACUACACACAAAACCAGCAAUCUACAAAGCCCAUGGAAGCCGAAUCAGAGUCAUGGUGGGGAAAAGAACUAGCAAUUCUCAACAUCCACAUGUUCCAAAGGGUCGUAACAGCAAUGAAAUCCAAGGGCCUGGGCCACGACAUAAUCAGCGGAGUCCUAAUGCACUACGCCAAGCACUCUCUGGAACCCUACUACUCAACCAACAGCACCAAAAUACCCCCCAUGGACGCCCCCAAAAUUGCAGUUCAAAUCCCAAGUAAUGCCGACCCAGAUCGACCCAGGUUCAAAUCCCGGGGACCCGGGGCUCCAAGCCUGGCAGAAAGAGAAAAGCGAUCUGUAGUCGAAACAGUGGUAAGCUUACUUCCCCCACAGAUGAAAAGAAUCCCAGUGAGCUUCCUUUCAUGGCUUCUGAGGGCCGCCAUGAUGCUCAACGUCACGGCCUCUUACAGAACGGAAUUGGAAAAACGAUUUGGCAGCCGCCUGGAUCAGGCAGCCGUCGACGACCUGCUCAUUCCCGCGUAUUCCUCAUACAAAGACGAAGGGCAAACUCUGUACGACACAGACGUGGUGCUACGGAUCGUGGCCAAUUUUUUACAGUUUGUGGAGGAGGGAGAAGCAGAGUGGUGGGACGGUGCUGAGGAGCGUGUGAACAGAGAAAUCAUUGAUGGGUAUGAAUCUGAUUCCCCUACCAAACAUACGCACAACCAUAAACAGAAUCAUAGCAUGGUACAGGUCUCCAAACUUAUGGACACUUGUCUUGCUGAGAUUGCUCCUGAUCCCAACCUGUCGAUCUCCACUUUCAUUGCUCUAGCGGAGGCCGUUCCUCAGCAUGCCCGACUCGUCGACGACGGCUUGUAUCGAGCCAUCGACAUCUUUCUCAAGGCACAUCCAACAAUUAAAGAGAUGGAGCGAAAUAAGCUUUGUAAAUUACUUGAUUGCCAAAAACUCUCUCAUGAUGCUUGCACCCAUGCAGCACAAAAUGAGCGUCUUCCAGUGCAAUUAGCUGUUCAAGUUCUCUACUUUGAACAACUUAGACUUCGUACUGCCAUGAAUGGAGAUCCUCAUCAUCCUCAUCGCCACCAUCACCAUUCUUACCAAAGCGAAGGACCUAGUGCUUCCAUUUCUCCACGUGACAACUAUGCAUCUGUUCGAAGAGAGAAUAGAGAACUUAAGUUGGAAGUAGCACGAAUGAGAAUGCGUUUAACAGAUUUGGAGAAGAACCAUGUUUCCAUGAAACAAGAACUUGUUAAAACUACUCCCCCACAUAAAUUCUUGCAAUCAUUCUCUAAAACUUUGAGCAAGUUGAACUCUCUCUUUCGAGCCAAAGACAAUUCCAUCAAUCCUCUUUUCCUCAACAAUAAUAAUAAUCUCAUGUCUAGAAGGAGACGUCAUUCCAUAUCUUAAACACUAAUAAAUUUUUAUUGUUCUUUUUAUUUGAUAAAUCUUCUUAAAUGUAAUAUAUGAUGCAUCCUCAUAUGUCAAGUAAGGUCUGCCAUACAUGUUAGAUACCCAAUUUCAAUACUUUAUUAUAUUCUCCAAAGAUUUGAA